AUGCAGCAUACAACAGCCUCUAUUCACACCCUCCUCCUCCUCCUCCUCCUCUUCCCCUUCCACGCUGAACAGUCUCCUUGUCUAGUGUCAGGGAUGUGCCAACAUAGUCCGUGCAGCGGGUGGCGUUUGAGGUGCGAAAUUCAAGGGCCGAAAGAAGGUGCAGAGGCAGCAGAAGUUGAAAGUCAUCCUCUUCUCUGCUUCAUGACAGGGCUUAAGGUUCGUGGCAUUCCCAAGUCUUGCUCUCCCAGCAUGGCCCCUCGCUCCAGGAUGAGAUCCUGCCAAGAGGGCGUGCGGUCACUUUCAGCGUCUGGCAGCCAGCGGCGGGAUGGAGGGAUGAACGAGUUGGAGCGAGCAAGGGAGGCUCUUGCAGGAAUCAUAGCAAAGAGGAGGGACAAUCAAGCAGCGUAUUCCUUCAAUCAGGAUGCAGCCGCUCCGUCCUCGUUGACCCGUCCAGAAUCACUCGGGGACCGCAUGGCAAAGUCGAUGUCGAAGGAGUUCAAGUGGCUCUCGGAGGCGAACGCGGUGGAGAACUUCCGCUGGACAGAAGAGGAUGAGAGCGAGGACAAGGCCAUGCAUGAUGUGCCGGAAACUCGCGAUCAGGACAACCGCCCUGAGGUCCAGGAGUGGAAGCCCAUGAACGGGCAACAAGUUGAGGAGUUUGAGGAUGUAAGAGUGAAGGACGAGAUGCCGCCUUCGGGGUCAGACGAUGCAGCUCGCGCCAUGCUGGAGGCAGAUGGCGACAUCGCCGAGGAGGGCGAGGAGGGCAACCGGCUCGAGACGGGCAUGUUCGAGCUCAAGUACGACCAGGGGAGCGUGUGGAUACCCGGGGAUGACCCGCUGACGAGGACCAAGGGCUAUCUGCUCAACCGCGUGUUCCCUGGGUUGAAGCUGGACGCGCAUCAGAUGCUGGAUGACUACCUCAGCAGGCUGAACGGAGAGAGUUCGCAAGCUCAGCUCCUGCAUGAGUUUCGCAGGGAGAUCGGGAUGGACACGCCCGACCAAGAGGAGGAGGAGGAGGAGGCUGAUCCCUUCGCCAAGGCCUUCAAGGGGAUGGAGCUGUCGGUGCCUCUUCUGUCUGAAAAGGGGCUGAAACAGAGCAGGGGGAAGGAGUCUGAGCUCGUGGAGGAGCACAAGGCGAUGAAGCUAGGGGAAGCAAGCCCCGAGAUGAGCUUGCAGACAACCAAGGAGCAGGUGAAGCAACCAGGAGAGGCAGUGAAAUCAAAGGGGGCGGAUGUGAAACUUGAUGUGCCAAGAGCAGUUGAGGUCCACGAAGACGUGAAAGCAACGGAUGUUGUGGUGUUGUCGGCAAGUUUGCUGGCGGGGCGCGAAGGCGAGGCUCAAGAGCUUGAAACUUCCUACGACAUGAGGGUUGUGUUUGCUAAUGAGAAGACUAUCGGAAUACGAACGACAUGGAGCGACGGAUUUGAGGUCGUGGAGGAGGUGGACUUGCGUACGGGGAAAAUAUUUGAGAUUCAGGAAGAGGAGUUGGGAGAUGAAGGUGUGGAGACUCGAGGGCUUGAAGUGACCGACGGGGUAGAGAGAAAAGAGCACCAGCAGCAGGCGCCGAAGCCCUCCGCUGGCGAGGAGGGAGGAGCUGUUAGGGAGGAGGAAGAGGUGAAGGAGGGGAUGCUCGUUCGAGUGACCUCCAAGUCUUCGCGCUACCGCAACCUCGUCGGGCUCAUCGUCGCUGUCGUCGGGAACGGCAAGAGAGUUCGCGUGCAGUUUGCGGGGCUGAGGCAAACAGCCCUGCUUCAGAAAACUUCGAUCCAAGCGGUGAAGCUCGAGGAGGAUUGA